AUGCUCGCUCCCUCUGGUAUCUUCGGCGUCGUCGCUGGUCUCGUCAUGCUUGCUGUCCCAGCUUCCGCCCGCACUUGGGCCGGCGGCGUCAAUAUGCAGGCAGCAUGCCAAGAGCAAUACGCAAACGGUUCAGAGCAAGCCAUCCUCAAUAAUUCCGGAGCCUAUGACUGGUCUUGUUAUGACCCAAACACGGGAAAGCCAGGAGGGGUCAAUGUGGACGAGUAUUGCCAAUUCACCUACGGUGGUAGCGCCUACGCGGACCCUCAGGGCGGUGGUGCCUACGACUGGGGUUGCUAUUUUCCAUGA